UUCAAACGUUCGGGCUGGGGUAUCGGGCCUGAAGGAGUGUCCCAGCGGCUGGGUGCUUCCUGCUGUCCGUUCGGGUGUGAAUAUCAGUGCGGUGCCAGGAGGAUCUUGGUAGCGAAGGCGGCUAGUGCCUGAGGGAGAGAAUGGCGCCCUCGACCACAGUCUCCCAGAGAAAGAAGAUAAAACGGAAGGCUCCCCGGGGCUUUCUUAAGCGCGUCUUCAAGCGACAGAAGCCUCACCUUCGUCUAGAGACAAGUGGCGACUUACUGGUGCACCUGAAUUGUUUACUGUUUGUUCAGCGUUUAGCAGAAGAGUCCAGGAUGAGUGCUUUUGAGAAUAAGUGUGGAGUCAUUAAAAAGGAGCAUGUACAGGCUGCAGCAAAGGUAAUUCUAAAGAAGAGCAGAGGUUAGAAGUCAAAGAACCAUUUUUGAAAAUUAUAUGAUGUAUUAUUUUAGGUGGUAACACAUCUUGAAAGCACUUUUUAUAUAUCAGCUAAAUUGUAUAUUAAAAUAUUGGCUAGUU